AUGCCAAAAAUGGCAAGGCCCUCCUCAGGCCCCUCACUUCUCUCUCUCCUCCUCCUCUCUCUCCUCUUCCCAACCCUCAUUUCCUCCAGGCCACUUCAUCUCCAAGACCCUGAAUUGGUAGUACAAGAGGUACAAAGGAAUAUUAGCGACUCAGUGUCUAGGAGGAACUUGGGCUACUUGUCAUGCGGGACGGGCAACCCUAUCGACGACUGCUGGCGGUGCGACCCGAACUGGGAGAAGAACAGGCAGAGCCUAGCAGAUUGUGCGAUAGGGUUCGGAAAGAACGCCAUAGGUGGAAGAGACGGGAAGAUUUACGUGGUCACAGAUUCCGGCGACGACGACCCUGUGAACCCCAAGCCAGGAACCCUACGACACGCCGUCAUCCAAGAGGAGCCAUUAUGGAUCAUUUUCCAGCGCGACAUGACCAUCCAGCUGAAGGAGGAGCUGAUCAUGAACUCCUUCAAGACAAUCGACGGCCGGGGAGCGUCCGUACACAUUGCCGGUGGGCCAUGCAUCACCAUCCAGUUCGUGACCAACAUUAUUAUCCACGGACUGCACAUACACGAUUGCAAGCAGGGUGGGAACGCUAUGGUGAGGAGCUCCCCCAGUCACUUCGGGUGGAGGACCGUAUCGGACGGCGACGGCGUGUCGAUCUUCGGUGGGAGCCACGUGUGGGUGGACCAUUGCUCGUUGUCCAACUGCAAAGAUGGGUUGGUUGAUGCGAUUUAUGGGUCCACUGCGAUAACGAUUUCGAACAAUUACAUGACGCACCAUGAUAAGGUGAUGCUUUUGGGGCAUAGCGAUUCGUAUACCAAGGACAAGAACAUGCAAAUCACCAUUGCGUUCAAUCACUUUGGAGAAGGCUUGGUCCAAAGAAUGCCAAGAUGUAGGCAUGGAUAUUUCCAUGUGGUGAACAAUGACUACACCCAUUGGGAGAUGUAUGCCAUUGGUGGGAGUGCAGACCCUACAAUCAAUAGCCAAGGGAACAGAUUUGCUGCACCAGAUAUCAGAUCCAGCAAAGAGGUGACCAAACAUGAGGAUGCACCCGAAAGUGAAUGGAAGAAUUGGAACUGGAGGUCGGAAGGAGACUUGCUGCUCAACGGUGCGUUUUUUACGGCAUCAGGUGCCGGAGCUUCCUCAAGCUACGCCAGGGCUUCGAGCUUGGGUGCGAAGCCAUCUUCUCUAGUGGGUGCGAUUACCACGGCUUCCGGCGCACUCAGUUGCCGGAAGGGCUCUCGUUGCUGA